CCAUUAAAAUCCACGCGACUCGCGAUCCAGCACCAGUCCGCUGCCGCUGCCGCUACGAAAGCGCAUCAAGUGACGACAGACCACUGCGAUCAGCUGAAGCUACCGCCAGCUCCUGUUGCACGGCGACGCUCUGUUGUUUUUGCGGGACUUAUUAAUUGAUCUAGUAGCCGAUCCGAUGAUGUUUUACCGGAGAACUUAGUUCUUUGAGGAUUUUUUUUGUUCGACCGACUGAUUCUUGUGGUUGGUGACGAGGCGGGUGUUGUGAAAUGUAUUUUAUUGUUGUUUUCUCGGUUGUCUUUGGUGCGACGCUUGCGGAUGUUGCAGUUGUCCGAAAUCUCAUGGGAGAGCCAGACUACAGGCAAGUAAGGCUCCAUUGGGAAUCGGAAAUCACCGCCAUCCCCAAGAAUGGAUUCAGCGUCCGGUAUUGCGAGCUGCAGACCUGGGGUUCCCAGAGGUGUAGGUCCCAAGACGUGAAAGACCCGUUAGAGAGGAAUAACAUCGAAACCGAUGAAGAGUACAAGACCUAUUCCACGGAUAUCAAGGGCUUGAGGAUGGCCACGAAGUAUUCGUUUGAAGUAAAGGGUGUUAAAGACAAGGAAGAUAAGGGGGAGAGAGAAGAGCGUGCGGAUGGGGAUGAUAAGAACCAAAAUAUCAUCGUGAUUCCCACCAAGGGGUUUUCAGCAAAGGCCACGCAGUGCCUACCCCACGCCAGCGAGAUCGAGGUGUCCACCGGCCCCUUUUUCGGCGGCCGCAUCGCCGUGGAGGCAGCGGACGGCGAGAGGUGCGCCAUCGAUGGCGAGCCCGAUAGUCCCCGAGACACUUACACGCUGCGCAUAAAUCACACGGAGUGUGGGAGCCAAGUUAAUGAGACCACCGUCGCCACCUUCGUGCUGGUGCAGGAGAACCUGCCCAUACUGACCCACAGCACGAGAAGGUUCUUAGUGUUGUGUUCUUAUCAACCGGAGACACUGACUGUACGGGCAGGUAUUAGUUUGCCUACAGGGGGCAGAGGGCAGGCACAAAUUGCUGCCCCCUACGAGGAUGAUAAUACGUUAGGCAGAAGAGGACGGAUGGGCAGAGUGCUGCAGAAACCGGAAGCCUUAGUUAAGGAAGAGGCAACUCAAACAACAACCCAAACCUCCUACAAGAGCAACAUCGUCCCCAUUUUCGUCAUCACGAUGCUAGCCAUCGCUGGAGUCAUAGGAAUCGUGGCGAUAGCCUUGAAAAUCGCCGGCAGGAAGAUCAUAGAGGAGUUCGACAACAUCUCCAUAGCCUCCGAGAUUUCCACUAGUAGUUGCAGCACCGUGACGGAAGUGGAAGGCUGCGAAGGAAGGAGCAAAGGCAGGAACAGCAAAUAACUUAGAAACGGAGUUGGCUCGGGGAGCCUCCACUCGUUUUUGUUUCCUGAAGUACCUAGAUCUCACUCCGAAGGUGUUGAGUUUGAGCAACGUCGCCGUAUGGAUUAUUUUUUUUACUCGAAACCAGUUAAUGUGUGACCUUAAUACAUUCCACUACACAACAUUCUUUGUGAUAAAUUAGUGGUGAAGUAAGAUAUUCUUAGUAAAUUAUUAGUAUUACAAGUGACGUAUCUAACUAUUUUUUAACGCAUAUUUGUAUUAAUAUUUAUUGUAAGGAGGGUCGCUUAACUUAAGACAAUUGCGUAUCGCUGUGAUAUACCAGGUGUUUGCCUCAACUUUCGCGCGGACGGCAGACUGCGCGAAAGUUCACGUAUUUAAAGAACACUGGGUAUAGUAUGCAAUUGGUGUUAGUUUUAUUUAUUUACUGACAUAAUAGUGAUAUUGUCCUGCAAGUCUUAGAGGUAUGAAUAAAGUGAGUUCAAUUUUUUAA